AGACACGCCCUUCUCUAAGAGGGAGGGAAAAAAGACUAAAGCAAGCUGCACAAGUCUUUAUUGAAUUCAAAGAUCCGUAAUAAUGUUUUUGCUUUCUUGAUGGAUUCUCCCACGAAAACAGGGCAGGUUUACUUACAACCUCGCAAAGCUGGCAAAAAAUGGAAGCCUGUGUUGUUGUCACUGGUUCCACCCAGCAACAAUGGGGUUGGUCGAUUGGAGAUUCAGUUUAUAGCAGGUGGCGGUGGAGCAAGGGAACAUAUUGGAGGGCUGAAGAGACACCACCAGUUGCAAGAAAGCAAGGUCAAAGUGGUCCGACUCUCUGAGCUUAUAAGUGUCCAAAGACUCCCACCAAAUGCUGAAGCCUGUCCCAUGGAAAACAUGUCCGCUUUUUGUGUGGAGUCGCAAGACAGAACAAUGGUUUUUGCUACACAAAAAGAUGAUUGUGUGGACUGGGUAGAGAAACUUUGUCAAGGAACCUUUCAGAGGAGCACUGGCUCAGACACUAAUGAGCUUCGUAUGGAGGAAAAUCAGAUAUAUGCAACGACAAAUGAUGAGUUCAGUGUGGUGGUGCAAAGGACAGAUGCAGCAAUACGUUGUGGACUGCAGGGAUCAUAUUGGCUACAGGUUGGACAAAAGACCCUGCUUUUGAAAGAUACCCAGAAAGUCAACAUUGUAAGACAAUGGCCGUAUGAACUGCUACGACGAUAUGGUAAAGAUAAGUUGGCCUUAACGAUUGAAGCAGGAAGAAGAUGUGACAGUGGUCCUGGAACAUUCACCUUUGAAACACAACACUCUGAGAAAAUAUUCAACCUGAUUCAGAGCACAAUCAAGCAAAAGACUUUAGCUGUUACAUCAAGUAACCUUCAUCAGGAAGAAGAUAAAGGUUUAGUUGCCAAGAAACAAGUUCAUUCCCCUCUGCCUGAAAUACCAGAGAUGACCAGUGCGGCCUCCAUUCCGGAAAACGCAAAUUUACAGAUAGACACAUCUCCCGGCACAGAAGACAAUAUGGUAUGUCAAGAUUGUUCUGCUCACUUAUCCGAAAAUCAAUUACAGCCACCUCCAAUCACUCUCAUGCCUCUCCCAAUGGUUCCAAUAUUUGACAAACCCUGUCGAGACCUUCAUGGUUGCCAACCUGAAGCGGAAUAUGCCAACCCAGCUGACUGCAUCAAAAAUUUACCAAAACCUCAAGCUACCAUGUCUCAUGUGUAUGUGGACCCCGCAAGUAUUCUUCCCCUUCAUCCUCCAACUUCAAAAGAAACUAUAAAUCCAGGCUCCAAGUCAUUCAUACCACACCCUUGCUCCAUCACCAGUCACCCAGAUUCUGUUUAUUCAGAAGUGUAUGAUAAAGUCAAUGUGGGCAAGAAUGAACAAAAUGCCAGUUCAAGUGAGCAACAUUUUAAGCAUUUGACGGAGGAUGAACCAAUUUAUGCUGUACCCGUGAGCAAGGAAGAUGAAGUUUCUGAUAAAGAUGAAACCAAACCAGACCCUUUUGCCCAUCUCUAUGCUCAAGUGAACAAAACACCUCCAUCAUCUAGUCCCUCUUCAACACCACCUCCCCCCUCUUCAUCAUCUUUAGUUAGCAGCAUCGCUGCUGCCAAAAUCUCGGACAACCCUCUUGAUGAUGUAAUCUAUGAAAACCUGGGCAUCAUUUAGUAACUCAGUUGUUUGUUGCUGAUUGUAAAUUCUCAAAGCUGAACAACCUAGUUGUCCAAAAUGUCAACUGUACGUUAAGAAAUGUACCGUAUUGGCCCGAAUAUAAGAUGACCCCUAUUAUAA